UCUCUGCGGGCCGACAUCCCAGAAAGCCCAUCCCUGACACCUCCACCAACAUAUUUACCCGCCCAAUCGCAACUCGGGUCCUCUCGGAUAUCUGCGCGUUCAUCCUAGCCUGGUUUACCUUACCUCGGAUCAUGGAAACCUCACUCAACCUCACCUUUCCAGUUCUAACCCAAGCUUCUCUUUGGGGAAUGGGGAGCAUGACGCUAAGAGAAACGGCCACCUUUGACGAGCCUUUGAGGAACCAUCCUGCUCCGAUCCGACCACUCACCUCCCAGCCAGCCUCAUCCCGGCCGACGCCAUAGCAUGAUCGCCCGCUCUCCCGAUCGCGACGUUAUGCUUGAAGUGAAUAACAAAAGGUCCCCCCCUUCGUGCCCUGUAAUAGUUGUGCAACCCGAGGUAAGGUACACUUGCGCUAUGUGUUGUUCAGGGGUAGGCGAAGCUCCUGCUGUUCGUCAACAGACAUAUAAUUCGCUGAUGC